UGGCAACAAACUCCUCUUCUCCUGACAUGAUGUGUGGCAACUACGGGAACUACUACAAUGGCUGUGGCUACGGCUGUGGCUACGGCUCUGGCUAUGGCUGUGGCUACGGUUCCGGCUACGGCUGCGGAUACGGUUCCGGCUAUGGCUGCGGAUACGGCUCCGGCUACGGCUGUGGAUACGGCUCCGGCUAUGGCUGCGGAUACGGCUCUGGCUACGGCUGUGGAUAUGGCAACUAUGGGGGACUGGGUUGUGGCUAUGGCUGCUACAGCUACCGUCCCUACUUCUACCGGAGAUGCUAUUCUUCCUGCUUCUAG